AACAACACCGACAACAACACCGACAACAACAACAACAACAACGACAACAAUAACGACAACGACAACAACAACAUCGACAACAACAACAACGACAACAAUAACGACAACGACAACAACAACAACAACAUCAACAACAACGACAAAAACAACAACGACAACAACAACAAAAACAACAACGACAACAAUAACAAAGCUGCCAUCAUGUCGGUCGCCGUCCCCGUGGCGCCGCGCUUGCUCAUCAACGGAGAGCUCGUCGAAGCGUCCGACAAGAAGACGUUUCCCUUGUACAACCCAGCCACGCGAGAGCUCUCGGCAAAUGUCCCCGAAGCCAGCGAAGACGACACCAACGCGGCCGUGGCCGCGGCCAAGGCGGCCUUCCCGGCCUGGUCGGCAACAGACCCGGCCAAGCGCGGGGCGUGCCUCAAGAAGCUCGCAGGCCUGAUCCGGGCGCACAACAGCGAACUGGCACGGCUCGAGGCCAUCUCCAUGGGGCUGCCCGUGUCGCGGUUCCACUACGGGCACUCGGCUGCCGCCCAUCUCGACUUCUACGCCGAGGCGUGGCCGCUGAUCCAGGGGCAGGCCAGCGUCAACACGCCGGGCCACGUCACCAUGACGCUGCGGCAGCCGUACGGCGUCGUGGCGCUGAUCAUCCCGUGGAACGCGCCCGUGCACUUCUUCGCCAGCAAGGCGGCGCCGGCCCUCAUCACCGGCAACACGGUCGUGGUCAAGACGAGCGAAAAGGCGCCGCUGGCGGUGGCGCGCAUCGCCGAGCUGGCGCGCGAGGCCGGCUUCCCCCCGGGCGUGCUCAACGUGCUGUCGGGCCACGGCACGCCGGCCGGGCAGGUGCUGUCGCGGCACGGCGACGUGCGCGCGCUGUCGUUCACGGGGUCGAGCCGGACGGGCAAGCUGAUCCAGCAGGAGGCGGCGCGCACCAACCUCAAGAAGGUCAUCCUCGAGCUCGGCGGCAAGUCGCCGGCCAUCGUGUUCGCCGACGCCGACCUCGAGCGCGCGGCCCAGCAGACGCAGGCCAGCAUCCAGGCCAACAGCGGCCAGGUGUGCAUGGCCAACUCGCGCGUGUACGUGGAGAAGGGCGCGGCGGCUCGGUUCGUCGCCGCAUUCACCAAGCGCUUCGCCGCCGUGCGCGCCGGCGACCCGCUGGAGCCCGGCACGAACCACGGCCCGCAGGCCGACGAGGUGCAGUACCGCAGCGUCGUGGGGUAUAUCGAGGACGGCAUCGCCGGCGGGGCGGGCGGCACGCUGGCGCUGGGCGGGCGCGGGACCCUCGACAGCACGGGCGGCUACUUUGUCGAGCCGACCGUCUUCGUCGACACGCCCGAGGACGCGCGGCUGCUGCGCGACGAGGUGUUUGGGCCCGUGGUGAGCAUCAACACGUUCGAGACCGAGGCCGAGGCCGUCGCCAAGGCCAACGACUCCGAGUUCGGCUUGUACGCGGCCGUCUACACGGCCAACAUCAGCCGCGCCCUGCGCGUCGCCAAGGCGCUGGAGAGCGGCUACGUGGGCAUCAACUGCACGAGUCCGCUGACGGGCCGCGACCUGCCGUUUGGUGGCUACAAGGGCAGCGGCCAGGGGCGGGAAGGGCUGCUGUAUAGCAUGAGCAACUUUCUCGAGACCAAGAGCGUCAUCAUCCAGCUUGACGGCGAGUAGGGGCGGUCAGACGAUACGGAAGUUGUUUUGUUGUUGUUGUGCACAUGGAAUCUGGUUGUCAGGGGUACUACGUAGACGUGCGUGGCAGAUCAGGAGCACGAUCAGGGAUGAUUGGGCAGGUGGUGCACCUAGGUAGGAUGAGAG